GACAAACCACAUUUACUUCAUUUUAAUGAACACUGCAUUACUUACUGUGUACGAGACACGAGCAUCUCUUCUAAAAUAUAGUACCUUCGAAAUCGGUGGAAGAAGUUUACACGAUGAGCAUGUGAACAACAAAUCUGUCAAAAAAGUGUGUUGAUAUUCGAUCUCAUUAUUCGAUUGUUCAUUCGAUCGUCGAGACAGACUGAAGAUUUUUAUUGGUGUAUCUCGUAAAGAACAAAGAAUGAGCAACAACGAUUUAUGGAUACGCGAUUUGAUUACAAGUUACGGAUUGUUAUCGUCUGUCUUUAUUGUCGUCGUGAUUUCAAUAUCACGAAAAUGGUCGAACUUGAAGAAGCGCAUUUACAAAGCUUACUUAACCGGAUUCGAAAUGGAGUGUGCCGAACUCAUGAUACCUUACAAGAAACUUCUGUUCAAAUCGUUGCAACACGUUGUUUCUCGUGACAAAGUAUUACGAUCUAUGGGCUGCAUACGUCUCCUCGAGAUCGGUAUUAAAACGGACAGUACACGUUUGAUUGGUGUUGACCGAAAUCUGAGAUUACCCGAAUAUCUAAUAAAAGGAAAUCGUUCUUGGCAGUUCUCACAUAUCAUUAUUGAACGUUUAAUAGUUGGUGAUGGUAGCUGCCUGAGAGAGAUACCUACUGGAUACGUAGACGCGGUUGUAACAACCAGAUCAUUAUGUUCAGUAAUAUCGUUGCAGUCGACGCUUCAAGAGAUCCACAGAGUGCUGGCACCGGGUGGUCAAUAUAUGUUUAUAGAACAUAUACCUGAAAAUGAAGAAACACUUCUACGAUGGUUACAAAAGAUUUUAUCACAAACAAAAAUAUGGCCAUCACUUUUUGGUGGUUGUCACUUAGAUAUUGAUCCUGUUGUAAAUAUCAAGAAUGCUGGUUUUAACCACAUUACGUGGGAUAUAUUUACACUUGACGGUUACGUAUCUCAUCCUUUUCAUUUGAUUCUUUCAAGGCAACAUGUAUUAGGCGUGGCAAUUCGAUAGUUAAAUUUAAUAAAACAGGAAAAUAAAUACAAAGAUACAUAUAAAAUAUAAAGACAUAAGGAUACAGACAUAUCUACAUAUUAAUAGACACAUGCAUAUAAAAUAAUAUAAAAUAAUGCAUAUAAAAUAAA